AUGGCUCUCCGUGUCAAUAUUCCUCCGGCAACUCGUGUCUGCCUCAUCACCCUCCUGACCCUCUCCUUGCUGUACAAUAUCGCCCGAUGGCGCCAAAUUGACACCACCGCGGGAAAACUCACCACCACCCCCAUCGUCCCCUAUCUGACUCUGGUCCCGUCACAAUUUCUCUUCUAUCCGUGGACCCUCCUCACGGCUACCUUCGUCGAACAGAACAUCUUCACCGUUCUCCUGAAUGCCGCCACUCUUUUCUACGGUGGAAAGUACCUCGAGCGUGCCUGGGGUUCCCGCGAGUUUGGCAAAUUCAUCCUCACCAUCGCCAUCAUCCCCAAUGUGGUCAUUGUGCCCUUUUACAUCAUAUGGGCUGCGGCCGGGGGUAACUCCCUGAGAGGGUACGCUUGGUUCCCCCACGAUGAAUGCACCACUUCCUGCGCUUUCCCUGCUGACCCUCCGCUUCCAAGUCUAACCCAAAUCUGCGGUGGUAUCUCGAUCCAAGCUUCCUUUCUCGUCGCUUUCAAGCAACUCGUUCCUGAGCACACCGUUGCCAUCUUCAAGGGUCUGGUCAAGAUGCGCGUCAAACAUUUCCCCGCCCUUUUCUUACUCCUCAACACAAUCAGCGGGGUGGUUUUCGGAACAGACACCGCUGCGAUUCUCGCCUGGUUCGGUCUCAUCACAAGUUGGACAUAUCUGCGGUUCUUCAAGCGCCAGCCCGAUCUCACUGGCACUUCGACCAAUGGUCUCGGCAUCAAGGGUGAUGCUAGUGAAACCUUCGCAUUCGCAUGUCUUUUCCCGGACGUCAUGCAGCCCCCUAUCGCCUUUGUCUCCGAUCAGAUCUACAUUCUGCUAGUGAGCUUGAAAAUCUGCACGCCAUUCUCGGAGGAGGAUAUUGCGUCUGGAAAUCAACAAGUCUUGGCCCGAGGAGAGGCCGGUCUGCCUAGCCUCCUGAACAGCAGAGCCGGCCUGAGAGGGUCGUCAGGCAAGCGAGAAGAAGCAGAGCGGAGACGAGCCCUGGCACUCAAGGCCUUGGAUCAAAGACUCCAAGCUGCGGCUGCCGGAAGAGCACAGUCUCAACCACCGGCAGCAAACCGGCAAUCCCCAAGUCCACCUCAAACUGCUGCUCCAACAGUAGCAGGGGGGCAGAGCAUGCUCGGGGAGACCAGCUAUACACCCGAUCACUCUUGA